CACUCUGAGUACGACUUCAACGGCUCUCGCCUUUUAUUUUUCACUCGCACUCUUUCUCUCGCACACAGAGAGACACGCAUAGCUCGUGGUUCAAAUGAGAAUCUGGAGCUGGAGCAGAACAAUGGGGCUUCUUCUAGGGUUUCUCGCUUCAGUUUCUUUGUUCCAGGUCUUAGUCACCUCAUCUGUUGUGAGUGCAGAGAGGUCCGAUGCCCGGUUUCUUGUCACGUCCAGUGCCACAUCAGGGGUAAAGCAUUCUGAAGAUUAUUGUGCGAUGUAUGACAUUUGUGGAAAACGUAAAGAUGGAAAAGUUUUGAACUGUCCUUUCGGUUCCCCUGCUAUGAAGCCGGACGAGUUGCUUUCAUCAAAGAUCCAAAGUUUAUGCCCAACAAUCACUGGCAAUGUCUGUUGUACAGAAUAUCAGUUUGACACAUUACGGACACAAGUCCAGCAAGCAAUACCUUUUCUUGUAGGUUGUCCAGCAUGCUUGAGAAACUUUUUAAACCUGUUCUGCGAGCUUACGUGCUCUCCAAAUCAGAGUUUAUUUAUCAAUGUGACUUCUGUUUCCAAGGUUAAUAACAACUUGACCGUGGAUGGGAUUGAUUUUUUUAUAACUGAUGGUUUUGGUGAAGGGUUAUACGACUCUUGCAAUGAUGUGAAGUUUGGUACCAUGAAUUCUCGAGCUUUAGAAUUUAUUGGUGCUGGUGCUCAAAACUUUAAAGAGUGGUUUGCUUUUAUUGGAAGACGAGCAGAAUUAAAUGUGCCGGGUUCACCAUAUGCCAUUAAAUUCCAUUCAGAUGUUACUGAGUCAUCUGGAAUGAAACCUAUGAAUGUUUCUACUUAUUCAUGUGGUGAUAUUUCACUAGGCUGUUCAUGUGGUGAUUGCCCUUCAUCUCCAGUCUGCUCUAAUACAGCUCCUCCUGCUUUGCAUAAAAGAGGAGCUUGUUCAGUGAGAAUUGGGUCUCUUAAGGCCAAAUGUGUUGACUUUGCUUUAGCAAUCCUGUAUAUCAUAUUGGUUUCUAUGUUUUUAGGAUGGGGUUUAUUUCAUCGGGCAAGAGAAAGGAAACCACAUCCUAGAACAAAACAUUUCUUGAAUGCCACAAUUGCUGGUCAACUCCAUUCUGUUAACAGGCAAAAGGAUGAGAACCUCCCCAUGCAGAUGCUUGAAGAUGCUCCACAAAUUAGAAAUGGGAUCCAACUUUCAGUUGUGCAAGGAUACAUGUCAAACUUUUUCAGGAAAUAUGGAACAUGGGUUGCAAGAAAUCCAACCUUAGUUUUGUGUUCAUCGUUGGCUAUGGUUCUUUUACUUUGUUUGGGUCUAAUCCGUUUCAAGGUGGAGACACGGCCUGAAAAGCUAUGGGUAGGGCCUGGGAGUAAAGCUGCAGAGGAGAAACGAUUUUUCGACACACACCUAGCUCCCUUUUACAGAAUUGAACAGAUCAUAUUGGCAACAAUUCCAGAUGCGGUGGAUGGUAAAAUACCAAGUAUUGUGACAGAUGACAACAUUAAGUUACUGUUUGAAAUACAAAAGAAGGUUGAUGGAAUUCGUGCAAAUUAUUCAGGAUCAAUGAUAAGUCUCAGUGAUAUUUGUAUGAAGCCACUGGACCAAGAUUGUGCCACUCAAAGUGUUCUACAGUAUUUUAAAAUGGAUGUUAAAAAUUAUGAUGAUUUUGGGGGAGUUGAACACCUGAAGUAUUGUUUUGAGCAUUAUUCCUCUGCAGACACAUGUAUGAGUGCAUUUAAGGCUCCUCUAGAUCCAAGCACUGCAUUAGGAGGUUUCCCUGGGAACAAUUAUUCUGAGGCUUCUGCAUUUAUGGUAACUUAUCCUGUAAACAAUGCUAUUGAUAAAGAAGUUAAUGUAACUCAAAGGGCAGUGGCUUGGGAGAAGGCUUUUAUUCAGUUAGUGAAGGAUGAGUUGUUGCCUAUGGUGCAAUCUAAAAAUUUGACUCUUUCUUUUUCAUCGGAAAGCUCCAUUGAGGAAGAAUUGAAAAGAGAAAGUACUGCAGAUGCCAUUACUAUAUUGAUAAGCUAUCUUGUGAUGUUUGCUUACAUCUCUCUUACUUUGGGUGAUACUCCGUGUUUACAUUCUUUUUACAUUUCAUCUAAGGUAUUGCUUGGUCUUUUUGGAGUAAUGCUUGUCAUGUUCUCUGUUCUCGGAUCAGUUGGAUUUUUUAGUGCUAUUGGAGUAAAAUCUACGCUGAUCAUAAUGGAAGUUAUUCCAUUUCUUGUUCUAGCUGUUGGGGUAGAUAAUAUGUGCAUACUGGUACAUGCUGUUAAGCGGCAACCAUUAGAGUUGCCUUUAGAAGGACGGAUAAGUAAUGCUCUUGUGGAAGUUGGACCAUCCAUAACCCUAGCAAGUCUCUCGGAGGUUUUAGCUUUUGCAGUUGGAAGUUUUAUUCCUAUGCCAGCUUGCCGCGUGUUCUCCAUGUUUGCAGCAUUGGCUGUUCUUCUGGACUUCCUUCUGCAAGUUACUGCUUUUGUUGCUUUAAUAGUUUUUGACUUUCUCCGAGCCGAGGAUAAGAGGGUUGAUUGCUUUCCUUGUAUAAAAGUUUCUUCACCACAUGCAGACUCUGAUAAAGGUAUUAUUAAUCAGAGAAAACCUGGACUGCUGGUUCGAUAUAUGAAGGAAAUCCACGCACCCAUCCUCAGUCUUUGGGGAGUCAAAAUAGUUGUCAUUUCUGUCUUUUUUGGAUGGGCGUUGGCUAGCAUUGCAUUAUGCACUAGGAUUGAACCUGGUUUGGAACAAAAGAUUGUUCUUCCCCGAGAAUCGUAUCUUCAGGGGUAUUUUAAUAAUGUUUCAGAGUAUCUCAGAAUUGGACCACCCCUAUACUUUGUUGUGAAGAACUAUAACUAUAGCUCAGAAUCAAGACAUACGAACCAGUUAUGCUCCAUCAGCCAAUGUGAUUCAGACUCCCUUUUAAGUGAGAUUGCAAGAGCAUCCUUAACACCAGAAUCAACUUACAUCGCUAAGCCUGCCGCUUCAUGGCUUGAUGAUUUUCUUGUGUGGAUGUCUCCAGAAGCAUUUGGGUGCUGUCGAAAGUUUACAAAUGGGAGUUAUUGCCCUCCUGAUGAUCAGCCACCUUGCUGUUCUUCAAGUGGAGGUAUUUGUGGCCUAGAUGGAGUAUGCAAAGACUGUACCACGUGCUUCCGUCACUCAGAUUUGCAUAAUGAUCGUCCAUCUACUGUGCAAUUCAUGGAGAAACUUCCCUGGUUCCUGAAUGCUCUACCCUCUGCUGAUUGUGCUAAAGGUGGCCAUGGGGCUUACACUAGUAGUGUGGAACUGAACGGAUAUGAGACUGGUGUUAUUCAAGCGUCGUCAUUUCGUACUUAUCAUACACCCCUCAACAAGCAGACUGACUAUGUUAAUUCAAUGAGGGCUGCUCGAGAGUUCAGUUCAAAGGUUUCUGAUUCUUUGAAGAUUGAGAUCUUUCCAUAUUCAGUGUUUUAUAUGUUUUUUGAGCAAUACCUUGACAUAUGGAGGACAGCGCUAAUCAACCUUGCUAUAGCCAUUGGUGCAGUGUUUGUUGUUUGUUUAAUUAUCACAUGCAGUUUUUGGAAUUCAGCAAUUAUUUUUCUGGUGUUAGCAAUGAUUGUCAUAGAUCUCAUGGGUGUGAUGGCAAUUCUGAAUAUCCAAUUGAAUGCUGUCUCCGUCGUUAACCUUGUUAUGUCAGUCGGCAUUGCUGUUGAGUUUUGUGUGCAUAUGACACAUGCUUUCUCGGUAAGCAGUGGAGAUAAGGAACAACGCACUAAGGAGGCUCUGGGUACAAUGGGGGCAUCUGUCUUCAGUGGAAUCACGCUGACAAAGCUAGUUGGGGUGAUUGUUCUUUGUUUCUCAAGGACAGAAGUUUUUGUGGUUUAUUACUUCCAAAUGUACCUUGCAUUGGUCCUUCUUGGUUUCUUGCAUGGACUUGUAUUCUUACCAGUAUUUUUGAGCAUGUUUGGUCCACCUUCUAGAUGUGUGCUCAUGGAGCAGCGAGAAGAUCAUCCAUCUCCAUCACAACUGUAGGAAGCAAUUUUUUUGUAGGUUAAUUUUUUUCUCUUUUAUACUGAAAUUGCAUGUAUUAUUAGUGAGAGAAAAAUAUUUGAAUAGCUUCCAACAUGUAGUAUAUAACGUUCUACUGAUUAGGAAAAAGAAAAGGAAAGGAAAAAAAAAGUUUACCUUUCUUCACACCUCUGUUCAGUAAUGUUGGCCCCAUUUAAACAGAGCAUCAAUAACUUCCGUUUGGAUUCUGGUCCAUCAAGGCU